UCUUCUGAACAUUUCCGAAACCCACAUAUUUCAAAACUUUUUCAGAGGUACGAUGGCUGGUAGGGUUUCGAUUUGCUUUCUCUUCGUGUUCUCGCUCUCUCUUCUUGUGUUUCAGAUCUCCGCAGAUGAAUCGGCGGAUGCCAAGGAAUUCGUCCUCACCUUGGAUCACUCCAACUUCUCCGACACUGUCAGCAAGCACAAUUUCAUCGUCGUCGAGUUCUACGCACCUUGGUGUGGUCACUGUAAGAAGCUUGCUCCGGAGUAUGAAAAAGCUGCUUCUAUCUUGAGUAGUCAUGAUACUCCACUUGUUUUGGCUAAAGUUGAUGCGAAUGAAGAGAAGAACAGAGACCUUGCAUCAGAAUAUGAUGUUAGGGGAUUCCCAACAAUUAAGAUUCUGAGAAAUGGGGGAAAGAAUGUUCAAGAAUACAAAGGUCCCCGUGAAGCUGAUGGUAUUGUUGACUAUUUGAAGAAACAAAGUGGUCCUGCAUCAACUGAAAUUAAAUCUGUUGACGAUGCUAGUGCUUUUAUUGAUGAAAAUAAAGUUGUUAUUAUUGGAGUUUUUCCGAAAUUUGCUGGGGAGGAGUAUGAUAACUUUACUGCAUUAGCAGAGAAGCUGCGUUCUGACUAUGACUUCGGCCACACUUUGGAUGCCAAACACCUUCCAAGGGGAGAAUCAUCAGUGACUGGGCCCAUAGUUAGGUUACUCAAGCCAUUUGACGAGCUUUUUGUUGACUCCCAGGAUUUCCAUGGGGAAGCUCUAGAGAAAUUUGUUGAAGAAUCUAGUGUCCCCGUUGUGACUGUCUUCAACAAUGAACCAAGCAAUCACCCUUUUGUUUCCAAAUUCUUUAAUAGUCCCAAUGCAAAGGCAAUGUUGUUCAUCAACUUCACUGCCGAAGGUGCUGAAUCUUUCAAAUCAAAAUACCGUGAAGCUGCUGAGCAAUAUAGACAACAGGGCGUAAGCUUUCUGGUGGGAGAUGUUGAGUCUAGUCAAGGUGCCUUCCAGUAUUUUGGACUAAAGGAAGAUCAAGUACCUCUAAUUAUCAUACAACAUAAUGAUGGGAAGAAAUUUUUUAAACCCAAUUUGGAACCUGAUCACCUUCCAACUUGGUUGAAGGCAUACAAGGAGGGAAAUGUUGCACCAUAUGUGAAGUCUGAACCUAUUCCUGAAGCUAACAAUGAAGCUGUUAAAGUGGUAGUUGGGGACAGUCUUCAGGAUAUAGUUUUCAACUCAGGGAAGAAUGUUUUGCUGGAGUUUUAUGCUCCUUGGUGUGGUCAUUGCAAACAGUUGGCUCCAAUCUUGGAAGAAGUUGCUAUCUCAUAUCAAAGUGAUGCUGAUGUCAUCAUUGCAAAACUGGAUGCAACUGCCAACGAUAUCCCAAGUGAAACCUUUGAUGUGCAAGGUUAUCCAACCGUGUACUUUAGGUCAGCAAGUGGAAAGAUAUCACAAUACGAUGGCGGUAGGACCAAGGAAGAUAUCAUAGAAUUCAUUGAAAAGAACCGGGAUAAACCUGCUCAGGAAGAACAAGGAAAAGAUGAGCUUUGAAAAGUCUCAACUUUGCAGGAAAGGAGCAGUUCCUCUCUGAGGGGAUAUAGACACACUGUUACAUGUCGGGUCUACAUCUCUUUGUAUCCCAGAAUCAAUAGUUAGUUAAUCUUAGUGCUAAUCUAUCUUCCGUUGCUUACCUUUUAUCUGUUUGUUUUCCUCUUAAUGUAUGUUUUACUGAAUAAAUGGGAGUUUUGUUUGGCGGAAUAUAGAUUUUAAUACUGGAAAAGUUGUGGCUGUAAAAUACCUCGGAUCCUGAGUUAUAGAUGGUUUUAUAUCACCAAUAUAGU